AGUCUGUUCUGAGCACAAUCUAGAAGGAUUGUAACCAUGUUUUUGAUUCAUUUUCUUACUAAUCUUCAUAUGGUUUCAACAUUUACAGAUGCAAAAAGCAACUGCGACACAGGAUUUUGUCAAACAUAUCCCUUUGAUAUUUAUGGGGAUGCAAUGCAAGACAAAGAGCUUGUUGGCCAUGUUUUCCACAGUUCAGUGACUUCAAACCCAGUUCAGUGCUACAUGUUGUGUAAAGAUGACUGUCGAUGUUUGUCGUUCAACUACAAGGAAAAUAACGACGUCAAAUACUGCGAAUUGAACGAAGCCAGCCAUUUCACCCACGACAGCUUCCUUAAAAGUUCUGCAGGAUCCCGCUAUUACAACCUGCGAAGGUUUUUCCACGGAAAGAGACAAACGUCUUGCGUUGAUGACGUUUCAUGUACCAACGGCUGCUGUAGGACCAAUCCGUGUGUCAAUGGAGGAACUUGCACUGAGAUCUGUGAGCCCACAAGCAUUCGGUACAACUGUUCCUGUCCAGUAGCGUUUUCUGGAAAACACUGUGAGACUCAGCUCAGAAGUUGUCAGGACCACAAAGCAGCCGGGUCCAACUCCUCUGGAGUGUACACAGUUCGUGUUGACAACAAACAAACCUUCCAAGUGUUCUGCGAUUUUAAUUCAGAGCCUGAGUUCGCUUGGAAUCUGAUUGAGUCAUUCAAUUUGUCCAAUAAACACCGUUUCCAGAGUGACAUUGUGUUUUACAAAGACUACCAAGCCAUCAGCGGUGAUGCCCCAAACUGGCAGGCCUACCUCAUCAAACGACCUUACCUCCUUUGGCUCAGAGAUCACACGACCCACUGGAGCGCUACUUGUCGAUACAACACAGAUGGCACGGUGUAUACAGAUUACCUGAGAGCCUCGCUUGAAGACUUUGACAUCAUCAGAGACGAACCCACGAUGAUAGAUGUCUGUCGACUUUACGAAUAUGUCAACAUCCGGGGAAACGAGUGUGUGAACUGUACGGCACGGACAUGGUAUAAGAAAGGAGAUUACCCUCUCCAUAUCGAUAGUUAUUACCAGUUUGGCUGUGAUUUCGAUGGAAACAAAACAGACCCAGCUUUAUUCACCGAAGACAACUUUGGUUUUUACCUCGACAUAAAUUCUAAAUUCCGUUGUACUUCAAGUGACAGUGACACUACCCAGUUAUGGAUCGGGGGCAAGUAAUUUCCUCAUCUCAGAACACGCCUGUAGUUUUCACACAAGGAGGCUUAAAAAUCAUCUGAACAUGGCUACCUUUAAAAUGUGAUCAGUUUUUUAGUUUACCGCACACCUGAUCAUGGUUUGUUACAAAGAAGAAAAAAACUGUUUUGAAAUCCUCGCUUAGUAUCUGCGUUACAGAAUGCAUGUAGAUAUAACACUCCACGUUUAACAGUGAAGAUGAAAAUUAAAGUAUUAUUACAUUACAUCAUUAGCUGAACGAGCGGUCUGUAGCUUCGAAAAGAUUUUUAGGGAUCUUUGAGCUUGUACAUAUGCAACUUUGCUUUAUUUCAAAUAAUAGCGAUUCUUUGUUUAUCUAAAAGUAAGUGGUGGCCAACUAGAAAGCCUUCGCUACUUUGACCACCACACACAAUUUUAUAAUCUGUGCUUUAUUUAUUUUAUUCUGUAAUCAUUUGCUGCAAUUAUGCUUUUCUAU